AUGGGUGGAGGCCAAUCCAAGCCAGAUGUCAUAGUUUUGUAUAACGAAACCCAAGUGCCUAUAAGACGCCCACGACAACCCAUACCGACGUCUGUGUCCUCAAAUGAAAUCGAUCAAAUAGUCAAUGCGAGAGUAGCUGCAGAAUUAAGGCGUAUGCAAGAAUUGGAUGACGAGAUUUUUUCGAGGGCAGAGGCACAAAUCAGACAAGAGUACCCGGACAGUGGUGUAAAUUCUGUUGUAGUUGAACGGGACAUUGAGGAACUAAUCGGAAGAAUCGAGAGAAAAUAUGAAAAUAGAGGUUCUGCAGGCGUAGCAGAACAGCGAAGAGCUGUCAUUGAAUGCUAUAGGUGA